UGUGAGCAUGCGCACUGGGUAAAGGUUGGGACUCCAUUCCAGUGUGCCACUGAAGGUUCCCUGACUGAGCCUCGCAUCCCGAGCUCUCGCAUCCUGUAAAGCUGUGUACUGUCACAACUUCACCUGCUUUACAAACAAAAACAACUCGACCAUGAGUGGGGAUCAUGGACAUGGAGAUUCACAGGUCAAUUCUGGAUCUAAAGGAAGCGACAUUCACAAACAUAAAGACAAGCACAAAGACAAGGAACACAGACACAAAGACCAUAAGAAAGACAGGGAGCGAGAGAAAUUCAAACACAGCAACAGUGAAUAUAAGGAUCAUUCAGAGAAGAAACACAGGGACAAAGACAGAGAGAAGCUGAAGCACAGCGACAGCAGCUCAGACAAGCACAGGGAAAAACACAAAGAGAGAGAAAAGGACAAAGAGAAGAGGAGAGAAGAGAAGAUGAUGAAAUCAUCCCAUGACAAGCCUAAAAAGGAGAAAGAAAAUGGAUAUGUGAGAGACACAAGUCCUGCUGCCAUUAAGAGCGAGCCUGAAGAAGACAACGGUUACUACCCCUCUCCCAAACACAACAAGUUCUCCAAACGAGAAUAUGAUGAUGAAGAGUUUGAAUACAAACCCAAAAAAGUCAAGACAGAACAUGACAAAAAGGCCCAAAAGAGGAAACAUGAGUAUGAAGAAGAUGAGGAAGAUGAGGACAUUAAGCCCAAAAAGAAGACAAAAGACAAAAAGAUAACAGAGGGAAAGAAAGCCAAAAAAGAAGAAGAGGAGAAGUGGAAAUGGUGGGAGGAGGAGAGAUAUACCGAUGGCUCCAAAUGGCGUUUCCUCGAGCAUAAGGGUCCAGUAUUUGCACCCCCUUACGAACCCUUGCCUGACAAAGUCAAAUUUUACUAUGAUGGUAAGCCUAUGAAACUUAGUGCUCCUGCUGAGGAGGUAGCCACUUUUUUUGCCAAGAUGUUGGAUCACGAGUACACCACCAAGGACAUCUUUAGGAAAAACUUUUUUAAGGACUGGAGGAAGGAAAUGACAUCGGAGGAGAAGUCAAAGAUCACCGACCUGAACAAGUGCAACUUCGCUGAGAUGAAUGAGUACUUCAAAGCCCAGUCGGAAGCUAGGAAACAGAUGUCAAAGGAGGAGAAACAGAAAAUCAAAGAGGAGAAUGAGAGACUUCUCCAGGAGUACGGCUUCUGCAUUAUGGACAACCAUAAGGAGAGGAUCGGAAACUUCCGCAUCGAGCCUCCAGGUCUCUUCCGAGGACGAGGUGACCAUCCAAAGAUGGGCAUGCUGAAACGUCGCAUCAGACCUGAAGACAUCAUUAUUAACUGUAGCAAGGACUCCAAGCAGCCUAAACCUCCCCCGGGGACAAAAUGGAAAGAGGUUCGCCAUGACAACAAGGUGACCUGGCUGGCGUCUUGGACGGAGAACAUCCAAGGCUCCAUCAAGUACAUCAUGUUGAAUCCUAGCUCCAGGAUCAAGGGGGAGAAGGACUGGCAGAAAUAUGAGACUGCCCGGCGGUUGAAGAAGUGUGUGGAUCACAUCCGUACCCAGUAUAGAGAUGACUGGAAAUCAAAAGAGAUGAGGAUCAGGCAGAGAGCUGUGGCACUGUAUUUCAUAGAUAAGCUAGCACUAAGGGCGGGCAAUGAAAAGGAGGAAGGUGAGACAGCAGACACUGUUGGCUGCUGCUCUCUGCGGGUGGAGCACAUCAAACUGUACCCCAAGAUGGAUGACCAGGAGUAUGUGGUGGAGUUUGACUUCUUGGGAAAAGACUCCAUUCGCUACUACAACAAGAUCCCCGUAGAGAAAAGGGUUUUUAAAAACCUUCAGUUGUUUCUGGAGAACAAGCAGCCUGAAGACGACCUCUUCGACAGGCUUAAUACUUCUAUUCUGAAUAAGCACUUACAGGAACUCAUGGAUGGACUGACAGCCAAGGUCUUUCGUACCUACAACGCUUCCAUCACCCUGCAACAGCAGCUCAAGGAACUUACCUGUCCUGAUGACAGCAUCCCGGCUAAGAUCCUGUCAUAUAAUCGAGCCAACCGAGCAGUGGCCAUCCUCUGUAACCACCAGAGAGCGCCACCCAAAACAUUUGAGAAGUCCAUGCAGAACCUUCAGACUAAAAUCGAUGAAAAACAGAACCAGUUGUCUGCAGCGAGGAAGCAGCUGAAAGCUGCCAAGGCUGAACACAAGGCUUCUCAUGAUGACAAGAGCAAAAAAGCUGUGGAGGUGAAGCGUAAAGCUGUCCACAGGAUAGAGGAGCAGCUGAUGAAGCUCCAGGUGCAGGCCACAGACAGAGAGGAGAACAAGCAGAUUGCUCUGGGCACCUCCAAGCUCAACUACCUGGAUCCACGCAUCUCUGUUGCAUGGUGCAAGAAAUGGGGCAUUCCCAUUGAGAAGAUCUACAACAAAACCCAGAGAGAGAAGUUUGCCUGGGCAAUUGACAUGGCUGAAAAGGACUAUGAGUUUUAAACACACCUAAUAUUUGACCUUUUCUACCCAUGCCUUCGAUUGUAAAGACGAUUUGUAGUAAAAUGAUUCCACUAUGUAGUUAAUGCAGAGCUGUGAAGGAGGAAGCUAAGACAUUGUUGGAGCUGUGGCCACAGGUUAAUAAUUGUGAUGUACAUAUGGACUGGUUAUGAACAUGGGAAAAAUAACUCCUUGACCAUUUGUCCAAGCUGCCAAUGGACAUCUGUCUUUAAAAAUUAACAAUAACGUGUAUGUAGCUGCAGCUAACUGCUCAUGAUCAAACAGUUAUGACUGUACUGAAAUGUUUAAGCCAUCAGAUUUAUUGAGAAAUUCUAUAUUCUCAUAGAAUAAUGAAUGAAUAAGUGUUUGUAUGGGAGACUGUGAGAAACAACAUGAGAGAGAUAAUAUGAUGAAUUUCAACUUCAGUGUGAAAGACUGGUACAUAAAAUGAGCCUGACAGACUGAUGACAGUGUGAAGAAUAGAAACCCUAGCACUAUGCUCAUAUAACUAUUAGCACACAGAAUGUCAUCUUUUUUCCAUUUAGCUUGAUUUUGCUGUUUAUUUCAGGGAUGUACAUAUUAUUGUCAUUUUUUUAGCGACUAUAAUUCAGUGUUUUUUAAAAUGUGUGCGGUUGUCAACAAAAAGUUCUUCAUUGCAUAUGCAACGUGUGUCUGUGACUGCAGUUUUAUAAUGAGCAAGAUGUAACAUUCCUCUGAUUACUUAAAGCAGCUGGAGUACAGCAAAAAUGAUUUGUGUGUAAGAGCGUAAAAAGAUUGCAUUUUCAGACAGACGUUUUCUAAGAGGGUUUGCCAAAAAAAGAUGAUGUCUUUCAUUGUGGUGUGCAUUUUUGUAUUGCUGUUAAUAAGCAGAAACAGUUCUUUGAAUUAAUUUUCAAAUGUGAAUGGACUUUUAUCAUUUUAUUCCUUGCAGUUUGAUCAUUUAUCACACAAUUCCCAAUUGCUCAUUGAUUUGGGCUUUGUAGCUUUCAGAAUAAAACAUCAACCGU